CUCUUGCUCAGUUAUGCGCGAGACGUCGAUGGGGUAGGACGUGUCGCCCUCGAACUAAAAGUGUCAAAAUUAAUCGCCGAGCGUUCGGAAACAGUGUUAUUUAUUGUGCAUAAUUAUUUUUGCGUGUUAUUAAUAAAGUUUGAAUGAAAAAAACAUUGUGUUCUGUGGACGAUGGACGAUUAAACGCUUUAUUCAGCGCACGGAUUCUGUAAAGGUACGCUCACCUUGCGUUGUUUGCACAAAAAUAGACAUGUGAAUCCGCAGCAUGAAGUGGCGGUAGUCGCAUCAAUGGCCUGACACGAUGUUCAGAACGGCGUCAGUCGAGGGCUCUGGGCCGAGGACGCCGCCCGCGUAUGCGCCCCAUCCCCCCUACGUCCCACCCCGCUUCUUCCCCCCACGGAUACGUCCACCACCCCCUCAAUACUGCUUCGAUGCAGCACGCUUCGCGUGCGACGCUUCGAAGCCUAGAUACUUGGAUGUCGAGCGAGAGCGAUUAGUGACGAGAUGGCUGGCAGAAGCAAACGAGGCGUUAGUUAGGCGAGAUAGGCCUCCCCGGUACAAGCCUCGGAGUAGCGAACGACGGCCAGAUUUCAUGCCAAGCGAUCUCCAGCGACGGCCGAACGCACCAGAAUGGGCCGACAAUUUUCUUCUAGGGCGUCGGAACGGUUCCGUCGAGCCAGAAGAUGAUAGUGAUGUGAUGACAUUAAAAGAGUUCGUGGACAAGUUUUCUUUACCUCGAGUAGUGAAAUUCGAGGGGGAGGAUAGGCCAGUGCUUCUGUACAGGGUGUUGGAAGCGCAUAGGAGAGUAGAGGCAGUGCCGCUAUCUGGGAAGAAGGGCAAGUUGGUUGGGAAGCCUCUGUAUAUACCGGAUUCUUAUGAUGGAUGGUUCUCAGCGUGUGGGUGCCGGGGCGGAGCGCUCGCGUCCCCUCGGGGCUCCAUAGCGGCCCUGCUCAGGGCGCGUGCCUUCGCCCUCGUGUCCCCGCGCGCCAUCUCCGCGUACCGGGCGAGGCCGGCUUCGGAAAGCGGGCGAGUGGGAGCACAGUACGAGCGGGCGGCGGCGAGGCCCGGCACGCCUCUGCGGCUGGCUGGCGUCUUCGCAGACGGCAGUAAGGCCAAAGCGCCUAAAUACGCGCAGCUGAUCGAUCCGCAGGGGAAUGAGCUCUUCGUGCCUAUCAAUACAAAGGGGGAGAUGUUCGAGGUAUGCCCGGAGGAGCUGUCGCCAGCGGAAUGGGAGGGAGCCGAGCCAACAUCGAGCCCGCCGCCCGAGGCCGGGGUGCGGGCGCACCGGCUUCCACAUUUGCUGAGCCUCUGGCGGCUGCCCACCAGGGUGCGGCUGUUAGCAGGCACCGUGCCGAUCGAGAUGGCACAUGAUGUUGGAGAUGAUCUUCUGUUACGGGCGGCAGUAACAGAACCAGUUUUAGUAAUGUGCACCCUCCCGGAGUACGGUUCGAUGCCGUCCAGUCCGAGUAAGCAGAUGGAUCCACGCUACCACGCGAAGGAUUCCCUUAGACUUCUUCCCCUCAAUAGCAACAUAAAAGUUCGCCGAACCCAGCUCGGAUUCGAGAAUGAGAAGCGAAUGUUCCUCUCCGCUCGUCUACAGAAGGCUCUUACUUUCUGUCAACUCAACGUUGAUAAUUGGAUUAGACAGAUCUCUUACGCGAACUCUACUGUUGUUAGCAAAGGGAAAACUGCCGAGGAUCUCAUUAAAGAAGACCAUGAGCCAGUAAAAUUCGAGAAGGAACGCAAAUUCACACUACAAGGCCUAAAGAUAGAUACGUCAAGACUCUUCGGGAAAAGCGAGAAAGUACUCAAAGAUAUACCAGACGAAACUGAGGGAUCUAUUAUAUUUUUAAGUAAAAACGAACUCGAACAUAUGAAUUACGACGUUUAUAGCGACGAUGAGGGUAAAGAUGAUAAACCGGAGGAGAAAAUUGAUCAAGAACAGUUUUCCAAUGAUAAAAUGCAUGUCUUUAGAGAGGACUCUGGACAGAAAAAGAACAAAUGGUUUAAAAACUUAAAACUCUUAAAAAGCACUGAGAAGUUGACAGAUGAAAAAAUAACGGCUAUUGAGAACAAUGAAAAAUUAACUGAUGUGAAAGAUCCGUUCGAUCCUCUGGGUGAAAAACACAGUUCAAUAGAGCGGUACCAAGAUAUGGCGAAACUUAUUGAAGAUAAAUUUGGUGCUUCCAGAAAACAAGAUGGAACAGCCGAAAAGAGUUACUCUUAUAAGAGUCUUACAACUUCUUCAUCGGAUAUGGGGACUAGUCAGUGUAGUUCCAAUCAUAAAAAACCUAUAUUGACAAAAUCGGUGUCGGUGCAAACAGGUAUGCCUGACAGUUCUUAUAAUACAGAAGAUAGUGGAAUCAAUAUGAAGCAUGGUCGCAAAAAUCUUAGUGUGGAUCAAAUAAACUAUUGCGGUUCUAUGGAAAGUGAUUCCAGUUCUGGUCGUAAAUUAAAGUCUUUAGACGAAAAUAUGCUCAAAAAGUCAUCAGCUACAAAAUCCUCUACGAAUCUCGAAAGGAGACAGAGGAUACAGCCUGACUUAAUUCCUGAAAAAGCUAUGGCUAAGUCAGAAUCAUAUAAUCAAAUACAAAGUUGUGAAGAUAUCAACAUGUUUGGAGUCGGAUCUCUAUACAAUGAUAGUGAUUUCGAAAUCAACUAUAAACAACAUUCGUUUAUUACGGAGAAAUUAUGUUCAGAAUUUCACGUUAAAACGAAGAGAGUGCUGAGUAAAUCUACAUCAAAUCUAUUGCAUCCUAAAAAAUGUAGUGAGAAAAAAGAAGGCAGUAACAGUAAUAGUAUGCCGACAAAAACAGAACGUUCAAGCGAUGGCGAGAAACUUGUUAAUUUUAGAAAAAAGAUUGAUAAGCCAAGAGCUCCUACACCUAAGUCUGAAAUAGAAGAAGAUAUAUCAGCAGUAGAUAUUUCAGAAGAAGAACCGCAAACUCAAGUAAAGAUCCGUAGGUCCAUUUCUUCAAUACAGAAACGAAAGCUUCCUGUAAUAGAAGAUUUACCUUAUGGACAGGUAGCUGAUGCUGUCGAAAUUGAAGAAGAAAAGGUCGAAUCGGAUGCCAGUUCUGACAAUAUUUAUGCUGAAAUAUGUACACCAAAUGGUAAUAAACUGAAUGAAGAAGAUAAUUAUGAUAAUAAUAUAGACGUACUAGCGAAUGACCCUGUGAUUUGUAAUGUGAAAAAAGAAGUAAUAAUAAGAAACGAUGAACGAGCGAGGCAGAUGAUAGAGAACCAAGAGAAUCCUUUUAGACAUAUAGAAGUUGUAGUAAUAGAGAAGACUACAGAUUUUGAUUUAGACAAUUCAAGCGUGACAUCCAGUGAACUAGACGACAUGGGAAGUAAAAAUGACGUAUCGAUAACAGUAGAUUCCUGGGAGCGCGAUAAAGUUAACCAUUCGGAUCAGAAAAUUCAUGCGAUAAGAUUAGAGAUAACUAGCAAUAUGGAUGAUUAUCCGAAUGAAAACGAAAGUCAAAGUUUAGAAAGGACAGAAGUCCGACUAAGUAAAGAUAAUUGUUUAAGCUUUAGUAACAGCAUCCAUUUGAAUGGUACAUAUCCCAACGAGGCCAUUUAUGAUACUUUAAAAUAGUUAGUUGAUAAAUUCACAGUACACUUUAGUCACAAAUUUGCAAUUCGAAUAUAGAGAAUUGUUUCGCAAAAUGUUUUACUACUAUUUUUUAUAUGUAAGCGAGAGAUGUAAGAAGUUAUGUUUUUAUAUCACAAUAUACUAUUUGAAAUGAUACCACAAUUAAUAUAAUAUUAUUUCACAAUGCGGCGGUAGUGAACACAUUGCAUAAAAUUUAUUACAUAUUUUAAUUCUCUUAAUAUAUUUAUCAUAUUAUAAAAAUCUUAUAGGCAGACAAUAACUGAUUUUGUUUGUCUUUUUCCAAAUAAACAUGCGAAUUAUACAUCAUGCACCUAUAAUUAAAUAUUUGCAAUGACAAAUAUUAUUCUUUGUAAAUUGUUUCUAUUCAAACAGGUUAUAACAUAUUUAUUCCUCUCUGAAAUAUAAAAUAAUGGGCUGAAAAUGCCCAUAAUAAAAAAAAAAAUAGAUUUUGUAUCAGACUAUGAUGUAAUCAUUUAUCUGGUCUACCCAACUUUCUGCCAUCAUUACUGUUCAUUUAUUAUGGUCCUAUAUGUUUUACAAUUAUUAUAACUAUUACAGGGUCUUGCAACCAUCACUUUAUCACUGGAAGGAUUCAUAUAAAUAAUAAUUUUAUUUUAAACUUAUCGCUCAGCUUUCAUAAACUGCCACAUCAAGUCAGACAAAUUCCUAUUUCAGCUAGUACGUCCUAAAACUUUUAUAAUAAAUAAACCUAUAUGUUAAUGCCUAUAUACAUACAUACAUUAAAAAUGUCAUUGCAAAAAUCCUUUAAGGCCUGCGCAAACGAUGGACAUAUUGUAUGCGUACAAAAUGUCUCUCGUAUGCACAGACCAUUAAAUUUAACAGAUACGUAUAUCUCAUUUAUAGUAUUCUGUUAAUUUGAAAAUUAUCACUACCAGCCUGUUUAUUAACCAUUAAUUACUUAUAAUAUUAAUUGACACAAAGUGUACUUACCUAUUAUGUAAAAAAUCACAAUUUAAUUAUUUUAUGGCAUUAUUUACUAAUUUUAUGGCACCUACUAAUUUAUAUUUACUUGAUAUUAUUAUACAAUGUCAUGCGACCAAAAUCCAAAAAAAAGCUAUUUAAAGUGGUAAAUAAUUCAGAGAACUUUAGCAAUAUGAAGACGAUGCAUCAGACAAAAAUUAAAAAAAAGAAUUAGUUACAAAACGAACGUACCAUUUUUAUGCAUAUUGAUAUUAAACUGAGAGAGGAUAGUAGUCAAUUUGCUGACGAGCCACCCUAGAAAAGCAGCGAUUUAAUCAGUAGAUAUGUUUUUGUCAUGAGAGGAAACAUGACGUCAAAGCUACUAUCUUGUUCUUUUUGAAUCACAUGUUAAUGACAAUAAUAUGUAUUUAUUGAUACAUUCAUUUAUCAUUUGUUUAAGGGAACUGGAAAGAAUAAUAUGUAAAAAAAAAAUAUAUUGGAGUUGGUCUUUGGAGUUAUUAAAAUUAAAUAUGAGCUUUACGGACUAAACCACUAAUUACAGUUUAUACUUAAAAAAAAUAAUAUACACAGCGCAAUCUAGUAAAAACAGAAGUACUACUAUUUUAGUAUCUAUUACUUACUAGAUGGCGCUGUUAUUAUAAAUUAAAUAUGACAAAAAAAUAACUAAGCGACAUAAUUCCAAUAUGAAUAUAAAAUAUCUGGUUAACGAUAUUUAUGUUAUCUAAUAUAUAAUAUAAUAAUGUGCUCGCUAUUUUUUAUAUACGGUAAAAUAAACAUUACAAGGUUUUAUAAAUGGAUUUUGGUCGCCUAAGUGAUUUCACAACAUCGAAAAUUAUUAUACCCUAAACACAAAGUCAAAUGUACCUAUAGGCAAUAUAGAUGAGAAAAAAUGUAAUUUGACAUAAGAUGAAAGUACUAGUGUACUCUGUAUUAUUAUUUUUUAUAACUGCAAAAAAUAGAAAUUAAAAAAAUAAAAUCUUUUAAAACCUAUUUAACUGGCGCAACGAAUGUUACUAAAAUCAAACUACAAUUACAGUAAUAUAGACUAAUUUGUAUAAAAUUCAUAACCAUAGAAUUCAAAUUUGGAAUUCUACAUUACAUACACUUACUUUUUAAUUUCGACUUUCUACAUUGCUGCCAUCUAUUAUUUGAACAAUUGCAGUGUACUUUUACACUUUUUGUAAACAUUUUAACACGAAUUUUUUAAACGUUUGUGUACGGGGUAUUUUAGUCACUAAUUUCAUUAUUAAAAUUGGUGCUACAUAUAUAAGGUUAGUUGUAAUAGGUUACAAUAAGACGCGUCCAGUCAUAUUAUUCAUGAAGUUGGCCAAUUUACUCUAAGAAGCAUAACUGAAAUGAUUUUUGAACUUUUUAUAAAGCACUCACAUGAUUAAUUUAAUUAAAUGGUUAAUGGUUCUCGGGGCAAGUUAUUCAGUUUCCAAUAGUCUUGGCGAAAGUUGUUCAGUAUUUAUUAUUCUUGGGGCAAGUUAUUCAGUGUCUCUAAUAAUUGGGGUAAGUUGUUCAGUUUCUAUGAUUCUUGGGGCAAGUUGUUCAGUUUCAUGAAUACCUUAACUGGAGUUUAGUUUGGUGUACCCAUUACGACUAAUUCUGUACUAUAAUAGGUGCUCAAAUAUUAUAUAAUUUGUUAUUAAGGCACAUAUCACAUGACAAUUUGUAAAUUGAGUGUACCAUAUAGGUUUAAUGUUGUAUUGUAAAAUAUAAAUCAGUUAAGUCUGACAAUAUUGGUCGUGUAAAAUUAAUGUUACAGAUUUGUCAACAAAAAUAUACGAAUUAUCGAA